AUGACCGAAGAAACUCAACCAACUAAAUCACGCAAGCCCGGAGGGUCUUCUAUCAAGCAGCAAAAGCUAUGGGCAUGCCAACCAAUAAUAACUCCAAAAACAGUUUUUCCUCUGUUUUUCGGAAUUGCCAUAAUCUUCACUCCUUUGGGUGGACUUUUACUUUAUUAUAGUGAAACGGUUAAUGCUCUUAUCUAUGUUAUA